AUGUCUUCACCAACUACUUCAGCUCCGACGUCUGCUGUGGAGGCAGGAUCGCUCAUGUCACGGGCCAGCGACGCUGCUUCCGAAUUUGGAAGGAGGCUCACCAUCGACGAACGAGACCGGAGGGAGGGUAUGGCGAGGACGAGGGGCAUGGCGAAGAGGGAGGAUGAACGCCAAGCUGUCUCACGUGCUGCCACGAGAUCAGGAGGCAAGAGCACGAGACAGGCGGCGAAUGCUACCGCGAGCUCUUCCAAGGCUCCGGCGCGUGGUUCACAGCGAAAGCCGCAGGCACAGGAAUCCUCUGAAGACGAGGAGAGUGAGGAUUCAGACGAAGAUGAGGCUGCCGAUGGGCCUCCGAGCGACAGUGAGCAUGACCCUCGCCCUGGUGCCGCUGGCCCUGGAGAGAAAGUGCUUCAAAUUCUCUCUGCGUUCGAGCCGAACCACUACACGUACGACGAGAUGCGCCAACAAAGUUUGCCAGGAAGGACGGAGCCAAGGUAUCUCCCCACUCGUGGAGCAGACCGAGAAGACGCAUCGCUAACGCUGUCACAGUAUCUCCUACGGCGCCCUAUCACGGACGAUUGCCACCUUACUCAACUCCGACCGUGCAUGUGCCGCUCUCGAACGGCAAGUCCCCAUCGAAGGCCCCAUCUGGUCCUCCCAAGCGGUCAACAACAUGACAGCACGCGCCUACAAGAUCUUCAACAACCUGCACAAAUACGAACGCCAGCCGCGCGAGGGCGCCGACGUGAUCGACACCGUCGCGGAGAUCCGUCGCUUCUUCUCCGCCGUCGAGGGCAUCCUGCGUCGCUUCCGCAACAUGCCCGCCGACAGCCACCAGCGCCUCGUCUCCCUGCUGCGCUACGUGAUCGCGCAGGUGAUCCAGUUCGACCGCGACGUGCGUGGGCCCUCGAGCAGCGGGCGGCCCGUGUUCGCCGGCGGCUCCGACCAACAUGAGCACAACCUGUACCUUCGCUUCACUUCCAGUCACGCGGACUGGAUGUGGUGUCUCGAGACGCUGCGACGGGUAGGGAGCCUCUACGCGCAGUGUUUCCGCGUCGACGCGCAGUCUUGGGCGCAGAUUAUGCAGACGCUCCGCGCGAAGCAUUCCAACGACCAGUGGCCCAACGCGACGGUCAAGAACUUUGUUCUGCAUCUGCGUGAUCGAUUGAACGGGAUGCAAGGUGAGCAAAGAAAGCGACAUUGUCCCCGAGUGCGCCAUCACAUUACCUUACCGCGGCGCUGACUUCUUUCUCUUUUCCACAGUACCUCUCGAAUAG